UUUCUAUAAAUACAGGGCGCGUUCGCUGUGCGGACGGACAGUCCGCAGUCGUUUGCCCUUUCAUACUCCAGUCGUACCACCGCAUACCCAAGCCCUACAUUUCCCACAGUCUUUGCGCGUCGUUUUCCUUUUCUGCCGGGAGUUGGACUGUAAACAACAUGGCCCCGUCCUUGCCCAGCGUUGUGCUUAUUUCUCUCCAUGAAUUGUUGUUCUUCUGAAAAUCUUCGUAAUCCCGUUGGUAUGAAUCGUAUAGGUACCUCUACCUUCUCACCUCUUCAGCCAGUCUCUCUUCAAAUGUCGACUCCAUGUCUGAUUUGUGUAUUCCGCAUCACCACAUGUUUCCGGUGCCGCAUGAAAUGCAUGUCAAUGUGAAACAGUUUCAUACCGAGCCAUGAUUUGUGUGACACCGGUACGCGUACGCUAGGUACUCGCGGUCACAAAAAUUGAGCUUCGCGCGGACAUGCCCAGGCGGACGUACGCUGAGGUCCGCUAUUUCGUCAUUUUGACCGCGCGGACCCCAGCGGAGUUCGGCCCGUGUAUGCUACGUCUAGACCAUGAAUUGGCCUUUAGCCUCUACAUGCUUUUAUUGGGAAUGUGCUGUCUGUUUGUCCAGUAAGGGCUCUUAGAGGAGUGCAGAUUAUGCAUUCUUGUUUCAAUGUCUUGAAACAAGCUAAAUAAAUGUUCCUGAAUGAAUGUGCUGUAUAAAUUAAAUUUGCCUGGGCAUUUUUAUUUAAUCCAGGGGGACACUACUGGCUGUAAAUCCCCCAGAGCAGCCAGUUCAGGCACAUUAUCAUCUCUGUAUUCAAGAGGACUCUAGACAACAAGCCUGAUCAGCCAGUUUGUUCCAGUUUUGAACGACAUGAGGUGUGUUCUGUUGUAGUUUCAGCAAAAGUGAAAGUGAAACUAUCAGACUGAGAGACGGCGUCUGUAAAAUGGAGGCUAAAGCUUUGAUUCCUGAGGACGAGCUCUGCUGUUCUGUAUGUUGUGAAAUUUUUAAAGAGCCUGUUCUCCUGAAAUGCAGCCACAGCUUCUGUGGAGUGUGUGUGAAGCAGUACUGGGAAGAGAAGAGCUCUCGGGAGUGUCCCAUCUGCAGGAGAAAGGCCUCUGUGGAUGGUCCUCCAUUAAACCUGGCUUUAAGAAGCAUUGUGGAGUUCUUCUUAAAGCAGAAGACUGAGAGAGAAACUACAGACAAUAGUGAUGCUCGCUGCAGUCUUCAUGGGGAGAAACUUCUAUUAUUCUGCGAACAUGACAAAGAGCCUCUCUGUGUCGUCUGUCAGACAUCAAAAAAACACAGAAACCACCCGGUCUGUCCAGUGGAAGAGGCUGUACUGGAGCUGAAGGACGAACUCAAGCCUGCACUUAAUCUAAUUAAAGAAAAACUGAAGAGGUUUACUGAGGUUGAACAAGAAUGUAAGAACACAGCUGAACACAUCAAGAGUCAGGCCCAGCACACAGAGAGGCAGAUAAAGGCAGAGUUUGAGAAGCUCCACCAGUUCCUGCGAGAGGAAGAGGAGGUCAGACUAGCUGCUCUGAGGGAGGAAGAGGAGCAGAAGAGUCGGAUCAUGAAGGAGAAGAUAGAAAACAUCACAGGACACAUCUCCAAUCUUACAGACAAAAUCACUGCUAUAGAGAAGGCCAUGGACACUGAAGACACCUCCUUUUUACAGAGCUACAAGAACAUCAAGGAAAGAGCCCAGUGCACACUGCAGGAUCCAGAGCUGCUCUCAGGGGCAUUGAUAGAUGUAGCCAAACACCUGGGCAACCUGAAGUUCAGAGUCUGGGAGAAGAUGCUGGAGAUGGGGCAGUACA